AUGGAAGACGAAAUGGAGAUAGACUUGGUUGGUAGCACGACUGCAAGCAUGGGAAAUGUAGGCAACCUGAGUCAUAGAACUAAUAGUUCCACUGCCAUGGCUCUCUCACGUCUCUCCUUGGCAUUCUCCUUAAUUGUACUGCCAUUUCUAGCAAUUGUUUCGGCUGGCGAUUACAGUGAUGCUUCAUCUAAGUAUGGUUUCGAUGGAAUACCGGCUGACAGCCCUCAGGCAAAGCCAGAAGAAGCUGAAGAGCCUCAACAUGGCACCAAGCCAGUAUACAAUGAGAAGCCUGGUCAUGGCGAUGCUUCAUCAAAAUAUGGUUUCGAUGGAAUACCGGCUAAUAGUCCUCAAGCAAAGCCAGAAGAAGAAAAGAAGCCUAAUUAUGGCUCAAAUCAAUACACAUACAAGCCAAAACCAUAUGGAACAAGAUCAGAAGAAAUGAAAAACCGUCUUUCCAUUGCUGUUCAAGGGACUGUUUUAUGCAAAGAAAGUUCCAAGUACUACCCAAUUCAAGGGGCUUUGGCAACGAUAGCAUGUAAAGUUGUUGAUGAGGUUGGGGUGGAGAAAACUGUCUCCAUUUGCAGCAAACCAACUGAUGCAAAAGGUUACUUCUUCGUUCCAUUGUCUGAUUUAGGCCGUGACAAGUCGAAGCUUAGAGAGUGCAAGGCGCAUCUUAAAAGCUCUCCAUUGAAGGCCUGCAAUGUUCCCAGUAAUGUCAACAAAGCCAUUGAGGGUGCUCUUCUUUUUUCUUUCCGUGUUCUAAACGAGAAGAAGACGAAAUUGUACUCGGUGGGACCUUUCUUCUACACCUCCCAAGCUAAACCAGCCCCUAAACAUGGUUACUAAAUUUGAUUCCUUUCUUCUCCACUAAACAAUCUAAAUUCCUCCCCCCAUUCCAAUCUUGUGUUUUGAAGUUGGAGAUGGCUAUUUGAGUUGUUUCUUUCUGUGUUAUUUCCUCCCAUUUAUUAGCUGAAUAUUGUUGUUUGAUUGAUGGU